UCUCCCUUCUCCUUACUCACUUCAAAAUCUUUAUAUCUUCCUUGCUCUUGUUAACCCAGUUAGCUAGGCAGCAUUUAUAAACACAAACCAUAUCCAUAUAUAUACAGACAUAUCUAUAUACAUAAUGGAUGAGCUAAGCAAGUGUGGAGCCAAUUAUGUAGCACUCACUCCUACCACCUUCUUGAAGAGAGCUUCUAUGGUUUAUGCCAACCGGGCCUCUGUUAUAUAUGCCAAUGUUCGCUUUAACUGGCUCCAGACUUAUCAGCGCUGCUGUCGUCUCUCCUCCUCUCUUCGUUCCCUCAACAUUACCAAAAACGACGUGGUGUCCGUUUUAGCACCAAACACUCCUGCAUUGUAUGAAAUGCACUUUGCAGUGCCCAUGGCUGGCGCUGUCCUCAACGCCAUUAACACUAGGCUGGAUGCCAACAACAUAGCUACUAUUCUCCGUCACUCUGAAGCAAAAAUGUUGUUUGUGGACUACGAAUACGUGCCUGUUGCCCGUGAUGCCCUCCGCCUCCUCAUCUCCCAGAAUUAUUCGUGCCUUCCUCUGGUCAUCGUCAUUGAUGACAUUGAUUCCCCCACUGGAAUCCGUCUGGGAGAGCUGGAAUACGAACAACUUGUCCGCCAUGGAGAUCCUAGCUACGUCCCUGAGGAGCUGCAAGACGAGUGGGACGCGAUAGCGCUCAAUUACACCUCUGGAACCACCUCAGCGCCCAAAGGAGUGGUGUAUAGUCAUAGAGGCGCUUUUUUGAGUACCAUGAGUUUGAUCCAGGGGUGGGAAAUGGGGACGGAGCCUGUGUAUCUGUGGUCCCUCCCUAUGUUCCAUUGUAAUGGCUGGACCUUCACAUGGGGAGUGGCUGCACGCGGCGGCACCAACAUAUGCAUCCGCAACACGACUGCUCAAGAAAUGUACUCUGCCAUUGCGCAGCACAAGGUCACGCACAUGUGCUGCGCUCCUGUUGUUUUCACUAUUCUCCUUGAGGCAAAACCCGAGGAGAAACGCAAUAUCAGUAAUCCGGUAAAUAUACUUACUGGAGGGGCGCCCCCGCCAGCGCCCCUCCUGGAAAAGUUGGAACGCCUCGGUUUCCAUGUCAUGCAUGCCUAUGGCCUCACCGAGGCCACCGGGCCUGCUCUGGUCUGCGAGUGGCAGGCUAAAUGGAACAUCCUGCCGCGACAAGAGCAGGCCAAACUCAAGGCUCGUCAGGGGGUCAGUAUACUCACCUUGGCCGAUGUCGAUGUCAAAGACUUGAGCACGAUGCAAAGUGUGCCUCAUGAUGGCAGGACAAUGGGGGAAAUAGUUCUCCGUGGUAGCAGUAUCAUGAAAGGCUACUUCAAAGACAAAGUCGCCACACAAAAGGCCUUCAAGCAAGGCUGGUUCUUGACAGGCGACGUCGGGGUAAUCUACCCCGACGGCUACCUUGAAAUCAAGGACAGGUCCAAAGAUGUCAUUAUCUCUGGUGGUGAAAACAUAAGCAGUGUCGAACUAGAGUCCAUUCUUUACAAACACCCGAGUGUCAUCGAGGCCGCGGUGGUGGCCAUGCCCCAUCCGCGAUGGGGCGAGAGCCCCUGCGCCUUCGUUGUUGCGAAAACCACAGACAAGAACAAACUACAGGAGGAGGAUCUGCUGAAGCAUUGUCACCAAAAUUUGCCAAAAUAUAUGGUCCCCAAGAAGAUUCAGUUUCUAAAUGAAAUACCAAAAACGGCAACAGGAAAACCAAGAAAGACUGAGCUCAGAGAAAUUGCAAAGACUCUGGUCAUCUCCGAGAAACCAGCAGCCAAGAAACCGACAAACAAAGGAAACAGCCGACCAAAUUACAAUGGACAUGAAACUCACGACCAAGUUCUGGCCAUGUCUCGUCUUUGAGAUUAUAUGAUUUCUUGUAUUAUACAUCAAAUAUGGGUUGUUGGUACCACUAUUGUUUGCUUAUAAGGCAUGUUUUUCCUAGAGCUAAAUAUGAUAUAUGAACAUUUUUAUAUAAACUUUACUCCUUUUUCAUAAAA